AAUGCUAACCGCUACAUCACGCCCACAGUUUGACGAGGCUCGUUUAGUUGAUAUAUUAAAUUAUAUAUUUAUAAUAAUAAUCGCUCUAAACUCGCGUGUGACGGUGAAGUUGAUUGUGUGAUGGGGAAAUGACUUCCGGGUUCCUCGCUGCAAUCAGUAUCCUCACGAAGCCUCUGAACGAGGCGUCUGUGCGUGAUGCUCAGUCCUCCCACCAGGAGGCGCUGCUGGCAGUGCUGCAGAACAACAGGUCCCUUCUCCUUCAGCAGCUUCAGAGUGAGAGCAGCUUCGAGGAGGUGAAGAAGCUGCGGGAGGAGGUGAUGUCAGCGGCGGACUGGUUGUCCACAGAUCCAGAAGAUGCCACCUGGGGCUUCGUGCAGGAGUGUCUCCUGCUGCUCCUCGCCCUGGCACGACACAUUUCUAAUGAACUCAAACUGUUCAAGCUGAAAAGUUCCUCUGUGGCCAAAAAUCCAACCCCUGAGUUUGCUCCACCUUUACCUCCGGAUGUCCUCAGCGUCACGCAGCAGAAGACGCUCAGAGCAGCUCUUCAGUUCGUCGUCUCUCUGGGCCUCUGCCCCUACCUGGCUUCUGGAGUGGGCGUUCCCCUGAGCUGCCGCUCAGCGUUUGGAGCCAUGGUGGAGAAACUCGUCCGAGGUGGAGCUGUGUCAGCCGGGGGGCGCCGCCUUCUUACCACCACAAACGUCCUGUUGCAGUUGGCAGAGCUGUCAUCUUUGGCCACGCUGGUGUUCACACAGCAUCUGGGGGAUGUGAUGGCGGCACUGUGCCAGCUCGGCCACCAGCCGCUCCGGGGGGAGAGAGGGGGCACCGAGGAGGAGAAGAUGCAGGAGCUCAGUGCUGAGGAACGUCGAACCUGCAGGGAGGCUCUGAAAAGCCUUUUAGGAAAAGUCUACCAGCCGAUCGUCAUCAAGCAGCUGCUGAUCCUCCAGGGUGGACCCAGACAGUCGGGUGCAGCAGGAAGCUCCAGCGGUUCAGGCAGCAGAGCAGCUCUGGGAUCAGCUCCCUCCUGGCUGAGGCGUCUGUGUGGUCAGCUGCUGUCUGAGCGCCUGAUGCAGCCUAACGGGGUUCAGGCUGUAGUCAGAGCCGUCCUGGAGGGAGGAACCGGGGGCGAGUCAGACUGGAGGAGGUGUGAUGGUGUGGCCAGGAUCUUGGUGGCCUGCCCUCAACAGUCUACCUCAGCAGAUAGUUACUACAGACAAGUCUGUCCUCAGAUCCUCCAGCUCCUGCACUUCAAAGACAAGCUGGCGGCACAACAGUUUCAGCUUGUGGCCACCAGGGCGGCGCUUUCCAUGGUACAGGAGAAGCCCAGCUUUGCACAUCAGUACCUGCUCACCCCUCUGCUUCAACCUCUUCACCGCUGCACCAGUGCUUCCAAUGGGAGUCGUGACCUUGCUGCUGUGGAGGAGUGGGAGCUGACACGUUGUGUAGAAGAUGUGUACAAGAUCUGGGUGGUUGGAAACAGUCCAUCAGCGUCUCUUCUCAAAGCUCUAGAGGAAGUUCUGCCCGUUAUCUUCACUCUUUUCUGUUUCACCAAGCAGAACGUCUCACACCUCCGCUCCCCCUGCCAGGACAUUCUGUUGUGGUACCUGAGCCACACUGAGGCGUCUGAAGCCCUGUCCGCUCUGAGGCAGCUCUCAGGUCUGCAGGGACAGAAAACAGAAGCAAACGACUUCUACUUCACGCCAGGAAGUGACGGAGGAGCCAGGUUCCACUCGAGACAGAACUGCAGUGAUGAGGACGACGCUCUGUAUGAGAAGCUGUCGGGGGAACAGUGGAGGCUGGAGUGUCUCAUGCAUUUGUUGGCUGAACUCAAAGACAGUGAUCUACCUGGAGACUUCUUCCUCGAGCUGCUGCAGGAGCUGACCAGUUGGACGGCUGCUGCAGACGAGGUGAAGAACGAAGAAGAGGAGCUGGACGUGUCCACCAUGACGCUCCUGGAGAUGGAGCAGGAGGUGCUGGGUCGAGCUGCGAGACAAAGCCUGAGACUCGCUUUGCUUCAGGUGCUGGCAAUGAUGGUUGAGUCUCUGCAGCAUAAUACACUGCUGAGAAAACCCAACCAGGUGGUGGACUUCAUUGUGACCCUGGUCCAAAGGGCCUGUGUGGGUCUGGAUCAGGUCACUGAGCCGAGUCCUGAGAACCCGAUAGAGAGUCAGACUCUGAGCAUGGGGAUCGGUCUGGUGGCCACUCUGCUGUCCGGACCUGAGCUUGGCGCAGAGGACUACUCUUCCAUGUCCAGGUUGCUCUCACCUCUGGAGACAUUGUCCCAGAAUCACUCCGACGUGGUCGUCCAGCAGCUGGCAUCCAACCUCAGAGCCGUCAUCGCCACUCACGGUGCCAUCAGGCCUGAAGGUCUCGCUGCUGCUGCUGCCCAGGCCUCCAGAAAACCAGAAACAACAGUCAAGAACACCAACGUGUCUUCUAGGAGAAAGCAAAAGAUUCCAACUGAAGGAAGUGACUCAGGUACGAGACCAUGUUCGUCUCCCCGGGACAGAAAUCCACCGAUCAACCCCCUCAUCACACACCCAGUGUCCCCUGGUGGGUCUGCAGCUGGAAAAACUCCACGAUCCGGACGCACCAGUGUCCCAUGCUCCUCGACCAAGCCCUUCUCUGAUUGGCUGCUGGAGGCGUGUGACCCGGAGGUGCCAACCAGAGCGUUCGCCCUGCGGGUCCUGACCCAGAUGGUGCAAAGUGGGAAGCCAGAGGUCGUGCAGGCCCAGGAGAAGGUGCUCAUGCUCUUUUUAGAAAACCUGGAGCACGAGGACUCGUUCAUUUACCUUUCAGCCAUUCAAGGUCUGGCUGCGUUGGCGGAUUCGUUUCCUGAGAGGAUCCUUGAGAGGCUCCUGGAGGACUUCCAGCAUGGCCCCUCACUGCCCACGUCCGACCAGGAGCGCUCCCUGGAAACACGCCUCAAAGUGGGAGAGGUCCUGAUGAGGGCGAGCAGGGCCAUGGGGGAGCUGGCGCCGCACCUCGGCCGUCCUCUGGUGGCCGUCUUCCUGCAGGGAACCAGGGACUCGGACCAAAGCAUCCGGGCCAGCUGUCUGUCCAACCUCGGGGAACUCUGCCAGAAACUGGACUACGCUCUGGGACCACUGGCUCAAGAGCUGAGCUUGUGUCUGACAGCUCUGAUAAAGACGGAGAAGGAGGCAGAGGUGAGGAGAGCUGCUGUUCACGUUAUAGCCCUGCUGCUCCGAGGCCUGAGCCACAAAACCACCCAGGUUCUCAGUGAGGUUCUGUUGGAUCUGUACCGAGCUCUGAAGUGGGUGCUGCGCUCGGACCCGGAUGAGGUCACGGUGCUGCACGCUCAGCUGGCGCUGGAGGAGCUGGAUGACGUGAUGAGGAGGUUCAUCUUCCCCGAGCAGAAGCUGGAGAAGAAGAUCGUCGUCUUACCGUAGAACUGACGUUUUCAACCCGUCCACAGUUUGACCCAACGGAGGAUUUUUAUAUUUAUGUGGCGGCUCCGGUUCUGCCUCCACGUGUGAGGUGGACUUGUGGACACAGAGCAGCAGGAAGACAGAGCAGCAGUGAAUCCUGCAGACACGGUGUUAACUGACCGUCAGGAACAGUGAGUCUGCACCCUCAGGUUCCACUGUACCACCAGAACCACCACAUUAAAGCUUUCAACACAUA